AUUUACUUUAGAGAACUGUUUCAACUUUUUUCUCUGUGUGUCCACUGGAAGCAGCAAGCUUGAAAAAGGUGGAUCAUCAUUGGGAAUUUAACAACAAUUUUGUGUUGUGGGUUAACUUCACUUUUCUGGUUCUUGUGCUGAGCAUUAAUGGGGGAUAUGCAAGUUGGUGUUGCCACUAUUGACGAUAAGGGAUUUUAUGGCUUGAGGGAGGAUACACCGGUAAAGGCAGUGGCUUCAUCGAACCCGAGCUUGCAAGUGUCGGUUUCAUUUGGUAGGUUUGAGAAUGAUUCACUUUCAUGGGAGAAGUUCUCAGCUUUCUCUCCAAACAAGUACUUGGAGGAAGUUGGCAAGUGUGCUACUCCAGGGUCAGUUGCGCAAAAGAAGGCUUAUUUUGAAGCUCAUUAUAAGAAGAUUGCUGAGAGGAAAGCUGAGAUCAUUGAUCAGGAGAAACUAAUGGACAAGAAUGCAUCUUUUAGAUCUAUUGUUUCGGAUCAGGAGAGUGUGGAACGCGAAAAUGGCGGGUUAGUGGCAGAGUCUGAGGUUGAUGAGGGAUUUAAUGGGCAAUUCACUUGUGAUGAAGAUAAGCAUGUGACUGACAUUGCUGCUGAAGUGAAUGAACUGAGUAUGGAUGAAAGUAAUGAAGACACUAUCGUUGUCAAGGAAUGUCAAAGCUCGGUUGAUCAGGUGAAAGAAGAAGUCAAGGACAGUGUGGAUAGUCCAGUGUUGGAGAAAUCAGAAGAGAUUGCUCUUGUGGAUGAGAAAUCCGAAGUGGUUGUCGAUAUGCAGGAGAAACCAGAAGAGGUUUUACAAGUGGAUGAGAAAGAAGAGACAGAAGUAAGAGAAGAAGUGAGAGACAACAUUUCAUUACCAAAUGAUACUGAGGAUACAAAUGAAACGCCAAUGAAGGUGGUGAAGAAAGAGAAGAAGCCUAAUGUAAUUAAGAAGAAUGAUGGAAAUGUGCAGAUUAAUCCUACGAGAAGCUCUCCUAAGCCUAAACAGGUGACGACAAAACCGGAAACUAACAAGAUUGUAACAAGUAGGAAAACUCCACCUAGCAAGGAGAUCAGAAACAUGAUGAAGGCAACAAAGAAACCAGCUACACCAAUCUCAAAAGCCCCACAAGGGUUUUCAGCUCCAAGAGUGUACAAGCCAGCUCCACAAAAAACUUCAUUGACUACAUCUCACUCUUCGAUGAAGAAGGAAAAGGUCUCGCCUUUACUGAGUAAAAAACAAGCAGCUCCAAAGUCAUUGCAUAUCUCUAUGAAUCUGGAUCCACCUGCUUCUGAUCCUACUGCUCUUACAAGCACUAGAAAAUCAUUGAUUAUGGAGCGAAUGGGAGAUAAAGACAUUGUCAAACGUGCAUUUAAAUCAUUUCAAAAGAGUUUCGACUUCAAGUCUUCUGUCGACGGGAUAAACACAGCAGUAAAGCAGAAUCCUGCAAAGCCAACUAGUAUUCCGUCAGUAGCUACUCGUCAGAAGGAACAUGGCAGCAGGCCUGCAAAAGCAAGUAGCAUGGAGAAGAGAAGUGGUACUACCGCCUAUCGUUCUCCAUCUCAUGGACUCAAAAGCAAUGAGACCACUGAGAAACAAAAGAAGGAGCUUUCCAAGUCUGGUGCAAGACCUGUAGAGAAGACAGGCUUGCAGAAGAACCCAAAGGCAGGCGGAGUGAUUGAUGCCAAAACCCGGAGGGACUCCCUUAAUCCGAAAGCAAAACCUAUGCAGGGUUCUCUUCCAAUGCGGACCUUACCGAAAAGCACUUUAGACAAGGUGUUAUGAUAGUUAUAUCCAUCCGGUUUUUAGUCUGAUCUUCUGGCAAAGUGUGCCACCAAUGUUGUUUCAUCAGUCUUGAGGUAUAGAGCCAAUGAUCUUGUUGUUAUAUAGAAAAGUCUCUAGUUGCCAGUAUUUAGUUGUGGAAGGAGUAAUAAGAGUAAGAAGAGAUAGUUAUAUUUUACAGUUUCCUAUGUAUGUGUAUAGAACCCAAUGAUUAUGUUGUUCUGAUAAUAGAAGUGGAUUGAUUCA